GCAAUUUCCAAUGAAUCAAUUGACAGUUGACAGUUAGUCAGGUAACGCCACUUCCUUCUCCUUCCGAAUUCCCUGUACUCUGAACAGUUCCAAUCAGCUUACGCUUCAUUUGGGCAUCGAAGCGGAACCCUAAAAUUCUAAGGAAUGCAUACUUCUGUUGAGGGAAUUAAACGUCAGUUACCGUCAUGGAUGGUGAAGAAGGUUGGUACCAAUCAUGUGAGUAACUCUGACAAUGUUGGUGAAACUACUUGUUCUGUGGACAAAGGGGACGUAGCUACAGAGAAUGGCGGAAAUCGUAAAACUCAAAAGGAAAAGGAAAAUGCAGAGAUAGAUCACAACAGGGGAGCUUCAAAGAGGAAAUCAAACUUAAAUGCAAAGGGUGAAGCUAAGAGAAAAAGAAAAUCAAGCCAAGGUGAUGGAAGCAGCGGUAGUACCAUUCAAAAGAAGAACAAUAAAGGCAAUGGACCAAUGGAUCAAGCUCGUAAGUCAUCUAGAAAGAAAUGCCGAAAUUUAGAGGAUCAUAGACGUGAUAGUACUGAUGUAAUUCCAGGUCAAGCAUCUGAUGAUGAAAAUGAUCUGGAGUUGACGGUGGAUGAUUUAAUGACCAUAGCAGAACAGUAUGUCAAAGAACAUGAAUACAAGAAGAGGCAAGAAAAAUCCAAUAGACAGGGUGAAUCAAAAUCUCAAAUUCCAACUAAAAGUGAACCAGGCAGUGCUCUUGAUUCCUGUUGCAAGAACACAAAAACACCUAGUUCUUCAAGGGAAACUCUCUGUGGUUCCACUCGACCUGGUAAAUUAAUUACUACAAGCACUUUUCAACAAGUUAAUCCUGCUAAAGAAUUUCUGGAGAUGUACUUUGGUUUCAAACCCCUCGAGAAGGAGGAAGAAAAGCAAUCUGUUGUACAUAACUUAGAAUUUACCUAUGAGUGCACUAGACAAAGUCAAGAUGAUCAUGUUGGAGAAGAAGUGGUCCCCUUGACGAAGAAAAGAAGCACUUUGAAAGACAAGGUUGCAAUGUUUCUUGACUAAAACCUGUUAAAUCAUUCGAGAAGUUACGUUUUAUCCUAGAUUGGUUGUAAGUCAAUCAUUUUUGCUAGGGUGUAAAGCUCCUCGUACCUCAAAUUCUGAUACAAUGUAUUUGAAAUGCUAAACACUCAUCGCUAGGGGACACAACAGUAAAGCAUUUACUUUGACACAUCAUGAGGCAAUAGGUUGUUAGAUGCAUCUAUUGUAUAGAUUACAUUGUACAUUAUCAUCAGCUCAACCGUAGAAGAUAAGUGAACACAUAAUAAACAUAUGAGCUCUUGUUUUUCUGUCAUCUAUAGAGAACUUAUAGUUUAUAUUGAUCCUAUAUGAUUAACUUUAAUAAUUGCAAUGACUGUGGAAUAUGCAUGUUUCUGGUUGAUUAUUAUACAGUUCUUACCUAGUUCAGAUUAGUUAAUUAUCAAUGGAGGAGUCUUCUUGUGAAUUUUUCUAUAUUUUGACAUAUAAUUUAAUAAUAAGAGAUUGGAACAAUUACAUCAAUAGUAUGUUCGGUCUAUCUCAUUGAUAAAGUGGGGUUUAGUUCUGUUUGGCUAACUUUAGACCUUUAUCUAAAUUAUAUUUAGAGUCAUAGCCAGUGAAAGGAGGACCAUGUGUUGGGGUAGAGUGCUUUCUGUAGUGCCUUAAGUGCAAAAGCAAAAUCUAUUUGCAUAUACAUGCUUUGGAACAAGACUUAUCUCAGACUUUACAUAUGAUAUUGGCUCUUUUGUUUUGAUGAUUUUGCAUGAAUAUGAUCAUGUUCUUUAUAGCUCUAUGUAAUCAGAUUAUCUAAUUUUCAUUUUCUAUGCCUUUGUAUGCAUUUUGUCUGCUACCUGCAACACCUGCUCUUGAGUAGAACAAACAACCAAACCUCUCUCUGUCUCUACAAUUUCUAUUUGAGUUUUGUCUCUCAUAUAGCUUUAGAGAUCUGAAUACCACUCUCACAUUGGAUAACUUUAUGUUGGGUGCACGAUCAUUCAAUCGUCUUUACUUGAUACAAAGUACAUCCAUAUUUGUUUAAGAGAUGUUAAUAUAAAAUAGGAAAGGAUAAAACUAUGUUGUUCUGGUGCUUCUACUUGGAUGCAUUGUAAGCACUGCUUACUCUGUUUUUUUUUUUUUUUUUCAUUACAUAUUAUAUACCUGGACAGAAAAGCUUAUUUAGGAAUAAAAAAUAUUGGAACUGCCCAUUUUCUCUAGUGCUUUGUUGGUUGUCCUAAUUGUAUGUUAAAGAAGAAAUCUUGAUAGUCCAAUUUUGUGUCCUAUGUUCUUGACAUCUUCCUGAAUUCGGUGUCUGUAUUCUCCAAAUGUGAAUUUCCUGUAUAAAGAAGGUUUCCUGUAGCCAUUUAUUAUCGUACUGUAAGAAGGGCAUAGGAAGUAUGCUAUGGAAUAUCUAUCCAUUUUGUCAUUUGCCACUACCUUGUGCUCCACACUUUUGUACACGUCAUUGCUCCAUGCCUG